CCUCCCAGCUCCGGGCCCGGCAACUCCCACGGAAAUGGCGGCCCCGCCGCCUGCUGGGGCCCGUAGUUCGCGCUGGGUGCGUCGGCGCGGCCUGGCCCGGCGCGGUGGGGAGUUUCCUGGACGUCGCUCCGGUGUGAGGAGGCGGGAGUGGAGGGAUUAGCGGUCAGGCUGCGGGUACGUAAGACUCUCUUCUUUCUAUUGCAGAAGCAGCCUACUAAGGCAGAUAUACCUGUUCGACUGUCAAGUUGUGGAUCAUGGGAGAACAACUGUCAAACAACAGCAUCCUUGAUCAAUUUAGUGAUAGCCAUGAGCAGUCAUAUGAAGAGUUUCUAAAUACAUUCACUUAUCUUUUGAAAGACAAAGAGGGGAAGACAAUUCAAGGAGUUAAAGCGGACUCCCUGAGAAAAACAUUUUCUACUUCUGAAUUAUCAAAUGGAAAUAAAAAUGAUGGUUCACCUGAAAGAAGCAAAGAAAUAUGGGUGUCUCUGCCACCACAGAUGUCAAAUAAGAAUGAGGCAGUGAUGAGUGAGAGCUGGAAAGCUCGUGGCUCUGAUGGAAAUAAUCUCAGUCUGUCUGAAAGAGUGAAGAAUCACGGAAUGUUGGGGAUAGGAAGGGACCUCAAAAGCUCAUCCAGUCUGAUCCCCUUGCUGGAGCAGGAACACCUAGACGAGGUUACACAGGAAUGUGUCCAGAUGGACAAGUGCUUAGAUUUGGAAGAUACAGACACAGACGAAGAGACAUGCAGUGCAGGAUCAUUGGUUCUCCCAGGAGAGGUGGAACAGACGGUGACUUCCUGUACACCCUUUUUUGAUAAGCCUAUUCAAGUGAAGUUCAGAACCUCAUUAGUUCCACAGCCCUCAGACAGCAAAGCCCAAGAGCUACUAUGGAACAAUGUUCAACCAUUCUCACUUGAUGAAGAAUUUGAUUAUGACAAUGUGGCACUGACCCCUAAGUUCUCUGAAGCUGAGCUGAAGUCCAUUACAGAAUUAUCUGAAGAGAAGAAAAUGCGGACAGAUGUCAAGUCAGCAUGAUCUGAAGAAUGAGUCAAAGACAUUCUGUGCAGUGUUGUUGAAAUAACAUUUUUAGGGGGUAAAUCUAGCCCUUCAUGGUACUCCUAUUUAGUGUUUUUAUCUAUGGGGUGAGUAGUGGCAUCACUGAGAUUUUUUUGUUUGUUCUACCAAGGUGCCUUGGAGCCUGAGUUUGCCUUUUCUUGUACCUCCUCCUAGUCCUAAUGAAAACAGAAUAGGAAGAUGGUGCUUGUGCAGAGUUGCUUGUAUAGUAGCCCUUUAUCCACAGAGGAGGUAUUUCCAUCCUUUAUAUAUAUUUCUGUACAGGUAUUUGCUUAGAUAUUCAGGUUGGCUAAGGAGGUCUGUGUUUGUCCCUAAAUCCAACGGGUUUUUUGUAUAGAUCAGUGACCUUUAAUAUUUUAAGGCCCCAGUGCUCAGCUACUUUGUUGUUUUCCAGGUGGUACAAGGCAGUUGGAAGAAUAUGUCAAAUGACAGCCAUAAAUUCACUUUUGUAGAAAAAUCCUUGAGCGGGGUGAAUCCUGUAUUGGCUCAGACUAGGUAUGCUGGCGUAAUUGCUCCAUAGGACCAAAACAAGCUGUUGAAAGUCAGAGUAGCACUGUGGCUACUCUGGCUUAUAUUUGGUACUGACUCAUUUCCUGACUUGUGCAACGCGAGUCCUAAAGCUGCCUUUUACCUAGAUCUUUCAGUAGUGUAAAUAAGAGCUUUUUGCAGCUGACCAAUCUUUCUCUUUCCCUAUAAUUAUAACACUUACAUAGACAGAGCUAUAUGAGUGAAUGAAUCUGGGAAUGCUGGGUUUUUUUCUGUCCUUUGGAUUACCUCAGUUCUGCAGAGAAAUAUCUAUUCUUGUUUCCAAUGAACUUUUUGAGUUCAUCGGAAUCGAUGUGGUGCAACUCCUAACAAUUAAAACAUGAACUGCUACAAAAGGCCUUCCUCAGAGGAAAAAAUAGUGAUCUUAUAAUUUAAAGGAACUAGCAUUGAAGGGCUGUCAGAUUUUACUUUUUUUUUUUUUUUACAGGAGAUGAUUCCAAAUACCAGCUUAUGGUUUACAGUCAGCAUUGCUGAAAUACAGUAGACUCUGGGGUUCCUUAAAGGUCAGCUAGUGUGGCUGGGAGAGAAUAGUGUGCAUCUCUCACACAAGGUAGUAUGUACUCUUGCUAUGAGGUGUUUAGAAUUUUUUUUUUCCAGCUCAGUGUAGAAGCUUUGCUAUUGAGGCUUGUUGUAACAUCACAACACUGAAUUGUAUUUUUUUUUCUGGUAUAACUGCAUUAGCUGUAGUUUUUUUAUCAACAUUUUGUCCUUGACCUACCUCCAUUAUUUCUGAAGUGGAGGAUUAACAUGAUGAAUAUGGGAAGAGAGCCUGAGCAGAUAGACUAGAGACCAAACCACAGGUUUUUUAAAGGCUCUGGAUGAAAUCACUGUGGCUCAUUGCCUGUUCCAUUGUCACCAAUUAAUAAAAGCAAAGAAAGGUGUUUUGAUGCUCUAAAGGAAGUUUUCUGGAUCAGUAGUUUUGUAGACCAUAAUAAUGUACCACUGAAAUCUGAAUAGCAUUAGUUUUGAGGAAUGGUAUUUACCUCAAUUAGGGGGAUAUAAUUUAAGAGUGAGAUUCACCAAAAAACAAACAAACAAACAAACAAACAAAAAAAUCCAGAAAAGAAAGUGGUCUUAGACAAGAUGCUUAAGGAGAGUGAUAUAAAACUGCAAAAGUGUUGUAUAGAAAAACUGGUCUGUAUAGGACCUUGCUGGUAGCAUGUCCAGAUGUUAAAAAUAAACUUCCAUCCAGAAGUUUGUUUUGAACAUGUGCAAUCAAAAGGAUGCCUUGCUGUAGUUAAAGCAGUUUUUGAUGUAGUUUACUGGAUAGCAGACUCUGCUGUCAUUUGGGACUUUUUUUUUUUUUUUAAUGUAGAUUCAUUUGAAUUCAAUGAAGUGUUUUGUUGAACCCAAGAUAUUUUGAUUUAAGUGCUUCAGAUACAACUGGAAUUUGCCAGUGAAUUGUUCAGAUAAAAAUUCCUGAGUAGAUCUAUUUAUUAAUUUGUCUUCUUCUGGAAUACACAGAUAAUGUAUAUAAAUGGGAGGGAUAAGAAGUAAGUUCUGGAAGAGCUCCAUGAGUGAAUCUGAGAGGAAGAAAUUGCAAGCUGCUGUACAAAGAUAGUAACAUCAGCCUUUAAAAGCCUCAACAGAAAAAUAAGGGAGACAACCCUAUUAACAUAUGUAUGUAUAGCAAAGAUAAAGGAAGCUUCAGUCUAAGAGACGUCUGCGUACAGGGUUUGAUAUCCUGCAAAGAAUCAACCAUAAGUUAAGGUGGACUUUUGUGGGUUUGUGGAAUGAUGUAUUCAGCAAGUUUUUUCUGUGUUUUAUUAGAAACGUAUGAAACAUAAACUAUGAAUCAGUCCUGUUGGAAUCCUGUUGCCAGUAGAGUCAAUGAGAAAACUGAUCCAGGGAUUCAUGAUGAUCUUCAGGCCAAAUCAGCUCUGGAAUCUCUAUUUUCUAUUCAUUUCAUUAUCAGUUUUUCCCUGUCCAUUAGGGAUACAUCUAGCCAUUCAGUUCCUUGUCUCAUAGGCAAAUGAUUCUCUUACCAAAUGUUCAGAGUACCUAUUUUGCUCUGUAAGUGUCAUUCAGUACAGUCAUUAUAUAGUUCCAUUUGAUAUAAAGAAACACUUUGCUGCAGCAUACCCAACAAAAUUGUAACUCUUUAGUGACAUCCAUCUUACUCAGAGAAAUGGGGAUAAUUCACUUACAUUUACACUACUCAUGAGUAGAUUUUGCUCUUUGUUAACAGAGAUGAAUAUCACAGUGGAGAUUAGGCAAUGUAGGCUACAUUUUCUGAACAUGACAUUUUAUUGGCUUGCUCACAGAGGAAGCGUAUUUUUCACUUCUCCAUUACCAGGUUGUCAUUUUUACGAACUUGCUUUAUGUGCAAGUUAAAUUUUGUACAUGUGCAUGGAAUUAGUUACCUUGGAUUGUUUCAGUGUUUGCAAGGUUGUUUGGCGUACAUAUCUUCUCCUCUUGUAGCUUGUAUUCUCUUUAAUAUUCAAGAUUUUCAGCAGGGGCUGGUAACAGACAGUCUCUAUUUAUGGUCUUUUCUAAACAUUUUUCCUGUUUCCCAAAAGAGCUAAAGGCAAACUCGUGCAUGGAACAGGGAACUUCAGGUAUUAUUUGGAACUGACUUAGGGGCUGUUGCAGUAGGGAAUAGGAUUUUCUCCCUACUGUACUGGCAAGGAUUUUGAAAUGCAAAAUCUCUGAUGUUGGUUGAACUUGUUGGGAGUGAAGGCUCUGUGAUGCAUCUCUCUAAUCCCUUUGUAUACAUGACUUCAUUGAUGUCUCAAGUGCAAUAGAGAUAUGCAUCUAUAUCAGCCAGUGAGCUUUUCUGUAUUAAAUUUGUUGUUUACUUGGGUGUUAGCAGAAAGAUAUUGACUGCUUCUUUCCACAGUCUUUAUGGAUCCUGAGUUAUGGGGAGAAACUCCUUGAGUUUUAUGGGAAGCAUAGUAGUCCUUCCACUGGAGCAAGAAUCUGAAGGAUUGUUUCCUUGGCUGGCUGUAGUGCAAGCUUGGAUAUUACUAAUGCUCAGAGUUACUCCUUGUGGGUGUAAAAGCAAGAGUCAUUAUUUGCUGAGAUAAUGGUUGUGAAAGGAUACAAUAUAAAUUUAAGCAAUAAAAAGAGAUGCAGACAAAUCUCACUCAGGCAUUAUUAUGGUUCUAAAUAUAUUUCUAUUAAUGAAUAAAGGUAUUAUUAUGUACAGACAGUGCCACUGACAGAAAAUAGUUUUAGUAUGGAGAGUACUCACCAGAUAAUUCAAAAUGUUUUGAGGAAAAUGUCUUGGAAACAAAUCCCUGCUCUUAUGGAAAAGACCCUUUGGCCUUGAUUUUCUGCUGUGAUGAACUGGCAGAACUCCUAUGAGACCAUGUAUAUUCAUACAGAGCAGAUAGGAUCCUGGUAUUUACAGUCUUAGCUGAAAGAAUACAAGGCCAAAUAUAUUCCAAAUUUAACUUUACUGAAUAUAAAGCUAUAUGUGUGACCCAUUAUCAUUAUGGGAAAAUAUUUAAAUGCAAAGACAAUACAAAUAAAAUGUAAAAGACAUAUCUUUAACUUUCAGUUAUGAAUUUUACACAAGUAAUUAUGGAAUUUUGGUAGUAUUUUGUGCUUAGAACAUUGUUUUUUGCUUUAACAAAAAUCUCACAUACAUUUUUCAAGUCCUGUUCAAAUCAUGAAACUUGAUUACAUCCAUAAUUACCAAAGAUUCCCACCUCCUUUAAAGCUGUUUUUCCCUCUGCAUCUUGUCAAAGAUUGGAAAUGGACUUUGCUUUAUUGUGGAAUUAUUUUAAAAAGAUCUCACUUCCUUUGCAAAAGCAUACACUUUCUUAAAAAGGCAGACUCUCUCAGUGAUGCAAAACUAAAUGCAGAUGUAAAAAUAGGACCAAAUUCCUACUUAUUCAGCGAUUUCAUAUACCUCAUGGUGUUGCUAAACAGCCACUUAGUAUCAAAGUAUCUGCUUGGAUGGCAGGCUGAUUUGUAUCCUGUUGUCAUCUACCUUUGGUUUUACUCAGGAGUCUAAGCAGCACCUUGGUCCUACCCAGGUAUGAAUUCUUACAGCCCUGCAAAGAGACAGCAAGACAAUUCAGUUAGGCUGACCAAAGAAGCUGAAGCAGCAGUCUUGUACCAGGGCUCUAUGCACACUCUCUCCUGCUGAAUAGUUUAGAUGAGUGUGGCUAUUCUCCUCUUUUCAACAGAUUUGUGUUCCAACUGUUGUGAAUGUGAUACCCCUGAAGACAUGCGGUGGAAAAGUGAUAACUAACCUGUUGACUUACUGUGGCUGUGCUGAACAGGCAGCUUACUACCCUCCUUCACAGGCUGCAGCUCAGCCUCUGCGUGACAAGCACCCAGUAAAGUGAGGAAAUGUGUGACACGGGUUCUUACUGGCCUCAGGAGGUGAGCUCCCUGUACAGCAGAGCCAAGCCCGUGUGACAGCAAAGGGCAUUCCCACCACAGUGUGCUUUCUUGUGGUGAGGUGUCAGUUAGCACAGGUGGGUGUGAAGUGCUACAUGUGUCGUGGGCUCUUCUGGGAGGGGGGAUGCACCCACCCAUCCAGGCUGCCUUUGCCUGUCUUGGGCACAUGCAGUUCUCCAGGUGCUAAAUGUCUGCCCAUAUACUUGGGAAAACACGACAGACAGUUUUCUCUGAAAUAGUGUUAAGUUGUAGAACAUCUCAAAAGAUCAUGUGUUCGGUAAAUUUGUGAUUGCUGGCUGUUGGAAGUGACACCUCAUGUUUUGCUGGCAAGGUACUGUAAGCCAAUGUUGCAAGUGUGUGAGCUGUAAAAUGCCAUGGAGUUAGACUGCAGUUAGUUUUAGUGCUUGUUUAUGACAAGUCUGAAAGGAGAGAAGCAAAUCUUCAAAGGUACCAUCACAUUUGUAGACAGGCUACUUUAUUUGAAAUUGCAGUGCCCCACAGUUAAAAUGGAAAUCUAUAUUAAUGCCUCGUGAAAAUGCAGAAAUAUUUAUCUCAUUUACAGCACUUCAAAAAAGGACAGAUAAUAAAAUCCCUGAUCAACAAUCUAUAAUUUAUGUAUGUAUUUAUUUAUGUAUGUAAUUAUUUAUUAAUUUAUGUAUGUACAUAUUUUAUGUAUGUAUUUUAUUCUGUGGUGUCUUGUUCAGUGUAUCUAUCCAUGUAAACUUUUCAAAGUAAUAAAGAAAGACAGAUCUGAACAAAAUCCCUAAAUCUAACUUCACUCUGAAUUUCAGGCUGUAGAAAAUCUCUUUGAUUGGAAUAUUCCCAAACUUUGGGGAAGUAGAUUCUCUGCUUUAAAAAUCUCUAACCAAACAUUUCUCAAGCAACCACUUAGUACCCAUGUGGACUACAAAAGCAAAGCAGUCAGGGACCUACCUAUAUAAAAAGAAGCUAUGGAAAUGGUAUUCUAUAAAAAUACUAUAAAGAUAGUAGAACUAAAUGGAAGAUGAUAUUUUUCUAGAGACGAACCAUAAUAAAAUGUUCUGUUGAAUUAAUACAAUUCUUUAAAACCUUUGAAUGCCCAACUGGAAAAUUAGUCUAAUCAUUUUGUAAUUAAUGUGAAUUUACAACACAGUUAUCUCUUGAGCCAUUAAAAUGAGAUUAAAAAUUG